GGUUCGAGUUGCCCGCCUUGACAAUGCGAAGAGCAAGCAAGUGAUCCCUCCACGAUGGCGUGACAGUCCACUAAUAAACCAACCACCCAUCCGUGUUGCUACAAUCGUAGUAGUAGACCAUGAACAGCACCUUGGGACAAAGCCAACUGGCCAGCAGCGAUCAGCAGAACGAAGAGCGAUUCAAGGCGAUGGAUGCCAAGACGAAGCAAUCGUCGGAAGAAGAGAAAAAUGGAGUGGACUCUUUGGUGUCGUCAUUGGCCGACAAGAAGAGAAAGGAUUUGGACUUGUUGUGUCAGUAUUUGACCGAACCGCACAAGCAACAACAGCCUCCAGAAGACCAAGCUUUGCAGAACCAAAAGACUGCUUCUAGUAGUUUCUUUUUUACCAAGAAAAAGUCAGCUCCUCCUGCUCCAAAACCAUUUUUCCUCGAGCAGCCCACGGUCCAAGAAAUAAAGACACCCGUCAAAAAGAAGAAGAAGAGUCCUUCUCUUUUGAACGAGCAAGAUGCUCCAUCGGAGGGCUCCUCCUCCGCCAGCUGGACGUUUGUACGCUGCCUGGUCCUGGAUCUUCCCUUGAUGCUUCUCUUUGUGAGUUUGGCCGUUGUCUAUGGCAUGCGAACCGCGUGGACUCAGUACUACAUGCCCAUUAUGGAACGAGCUCGACGCACGGAUGCUCACUUGUUGGAAGAGUACACAUACUAUGAACGCGGUUGUUUGGCGGAAGAUGUCACCAAAGGAUUCACACACAGCACUGGCAACACGACAACCGAACAGUCUUUGGACACGUUGCUCCAACACGGUGCCACCACCGUUCCCAAAUUGCUGAGACCACAAACCAUUGCCAGACUCCGCAAGUACCUGCGAUACAAGAACAAAAUGAUUACCGAUGAAGAAGCAUUUCCAAUGUCGCAAGGACACCAGCGAUUGAGCUAUGGAAUUGAAGCUACCGAAGACUUUGCCAUUUCCGACGCUUUGGCCGAAAUUACCUCGCACAAAUUGCUCCCAGACUUGUUGGAGCAAGUUUUGGGAGUGCCCGAUCCAGCUCUGACGGAAAUUACUGCCAUUACAUCCUAUUAUGGUGCCGAGGAUCAAGUCAUUCACUCGGAUACCAAGUCCGAUGGGUAUGCCGGUCAAUUCGCCCGGACGUACGCGCACACAUACUCGCUCUUUAUCCCCGUGCAAGCCAUUACAGAAAGGAUGGGUGUGACCCAGUUGUGUCCGGGAACCCACUAUUGUACCAACAGCAUGGAAGAGGUCUGUCUUCGGGAAAUGAUUGGAGUCAAUCAAGCUUUUAAGGACAAUGUUUGGAAGGCGGGUGACGGCGUCUUGUUGAAUCAGCAAGUCUGGCAUGGAGGAUCCAAGCACACGGAUCCACGUAACAAUGAACGCAUCCUGUUCAUUGUCAGCUUUACUGCCAGGCCCCAACUUGGCAAAGACCAUCGACAGCUAGCAAGAGGCACUUACUUCCACAUGAAAUGGCUCAUGUGGGGACAUACGUGGAGUGACAUUGCUACGGACGAAGCCAUGAGCAUGUCCUGGCCAUUCAACAUUCUCCGUUCGUUGGCACUUUGGAAACCAAGCAAUAAGAAAUGGGGGUACGACUUGUUGCUGUCGGCAGCGUUGCGGGCCACGAAUGGGCAAAAUGGAAUGGAAGCGGAGGAUCUACAGACGUUUAUCCAACUCAAGAUGGAUGGUUUGUUUCACGUGCCAAAAUGGCUUCAAGGAGACUUUUCUGAAAAGCCCAAUGCGUGGAAAACAUAUGUUCAGGAGACUCUUGAUAGACUCUUUAUGUUUCUGCAGGCGGUCAAUGCGGUGGUCUUGACGGUGUAUUUGAUGUUGGCUGUCAUUGUCAGCUUGGUUUCUCGACCCCGUUCCGCAAAACACGGCAUGUCCAGGCUGGGAGCUGUGCUGGUUCGGCUGAUUGUCACACAUGGCCUAGUUGCUUUCAUCACUUGGUCUGUUCUUACAAAAGUUGAAACGUCACCAUGGGGGAGCAACAUCAAGAAAGGAUUGACCUUUCGACGCCCGUUUCCGACAGAUGAUGAGUUUACUUCACAACGAUUUGAGGCCGACCCAACUGUCCCAGAAGGUCCUACAACCUUUCCUGAUCGCAUGGAUGUGCUCUUUGGAACUCGCUAUGAUUCUCCUUACUUGGGAUCCUACAAUCGUUGGUUGGACUAUCACCCUGGGAAUCAAAUCUUUCAAGCCGCUGUAGCUUCCAGAGCCGCUGCUUACCCAAUCUUCAACAGCAAUGACAACAAUCACCAACCCGUCCUCUUGCAAAAGUUGGUGGACGAUGCUCUAGCAGAAGUGUCGAAAAACACCAACGGCGGUCGCAUCUUGCAGCAAGAUCAUUUGAGUGGUGACUGGGUUGUUUUGGGAAACAGGGAUGCAAUGGAAAUGGUUCGAACGGUCAUGGCAACGGAGUCUUCUGUCAUGCGAAAGGCACUCAAUCAACAAAUCAGCUACCUUGUCGCUGACUACCGAUUUGGCUAUCAUCGUGGCACGGCUCUGGCUAUGGAAUCAAUCCUCUAUUUGCAACAAUUUCGCCAGCGUCUGCUGGCAACCACACAACCGUUGCAUGCCACAACCUCUUCUACGGGUUACACGCCGCUUGACCAGGAGAAACCUGCCCGUGAAGCUUGGACAGUCCGCCCCAGACCCUUUGUCACGGAACGUUUGACAAUGACGACGACAGUACCCGCCUUUGUAUGGAGUCCAUCCAGAGUACCGGUACCUUCUGCUAGCAAGUCCCAGAAAGAGGAAGCUGAGCCUCGUGUGGGAACCAAGGUUAUGGCGUUCCACAGCAUUUCGAACACUUGGUACAAGGGAACCAUUGCGGAUGUGAUUGGAUCGAAUGGUGGUUCCCAGUUUGAUAUCCUGUAUGAGGAUGGCGAAUACGAAGAAAACGUGAGUAUUCGUCGCCUUCGCAAGAUGGUUCGUUUGCAAGAGGGAGUGCGAGUAUCGGCAGUCAUGGAAGAUGAUGAUGUCUAUCAGGGAACUGUGAGCAUGGUGUAUCCGUCUGGAAAUGUGGACGUAAUGUUUGAUGAUGGGGAAGUGUUGCAGGAAGUCUCGCCAGAAGAAGUCGACAUUAAGUAUCCACCCUUUUAGAGGCUGAGAGGGAGAUAUAAUCGGAGUUAAUUGGGUGCUCUUGUGCAUGUUUCUAUUGGGCACUGUUAUUGUAACGGCAAAGAACGAAGGAACCACUUUCCUGCGCCCAGCCUAUGGCGUUAAGUUAUAACACGCUGUAAUCACAGAAUAAAUAUUCAGUACUAUACUACAUUAC